AAAACUCGGAUUCCGUCGAAUAAAAACACCGCACCUUUUCAUCCCUCCAUUUCGUGUCGCUUUUUGGCGGUUUUAAUCUUUUUCGGUUUCGAACAUUCGCACGAAUUUCUCUCUCACUCUCUCUCUUCAAUUCAACACUUCGAGGAUAAUAUUCAACAGAACAUGAGAUGAAUCGGGAAGAAUAUUUGCGGAAGUGUUCCAAUAUGAAAUGCCAAAGAGUUCAGGUGGAUGAAUCAUAUGUACCUGCACUUCAAGAUGAAGUAAUGGAAGUUGAGCAUUUGCUUGCAGAACCUAGAAAUGAUCAUGCUUCCUUGGAUGGUUGUUUGGAUUCUCAUACAACUUUGAAUGACAAGGAUGAUUUGGAACUGGAGGUCCUUGAUGGAUUGCUUGAUGAUGUUGAAAUCGAUGAUCUUGAAGGAACUGAUGGUUUCUCUGGUGCAUGUGAAGAAUAUUUAUUGGAUUUUGAAUUUGCUGGCAAAUUUGAGGAGGUACUAGGCUCUGAUCCUUUUGAAGGUUCACUCUUGCAAAACUCAAGUUCAGAAAGUCAUUCUUCUGGAUUAAGCGGAAGUAGCAUUGUUGGUGGGGUAUUAGAAUCAACAAAAGUACCUAUUGCACAAUCUGAAUGUAAAAAUGAUUCUCUAGAUGAGACAGUAACCUAUGAAUCACAUGGUACCUUCAGGAACAAUCCAAGUCAACCAUCAAAAGUAAAUUGCAGGUACAACAUUUCACUUGAUAUACAACAUCUGCAAGGGUUGGAUAAUGAUUGUCAAGUAGCUAGUGGGUUAUUGACAUGUAAGAAGGAAAAGGGUCUUGUUGAAAAAUGCCAACCUGCUGCACUUAGAGAGAAGAGAUUCCGAAAGCCUACUCAGAGGUAUAUUGAAGAAUUUUCAGAUUCAAGGUCAAAAGAAAAGGUACCAACUGCUGAUACAAAAGCUAAACAUUCAAGUGACUCAUCAUGUAAUGUAUUUCAUAUAAGAAUUAAAGCAUUGAAAGAGAGUCCAAGCGAGAAGUCUAGUAAUGAAAAUAGUGACUUGAUACUUCCUGAGUUGCAAGUUAGCAAAGGGCGUUUGAAGAAAGAGGAACUUGAGUAUGAUGAGGAGUCUUUUCCCUCGGAAUCUGAGGAUGGAUGUUCCACAACAAAAAGAUCUAGAAGAAACGAUCGAAGAAAACAUCAGAAGAUGUGGACUCUCCCUGAAGUGAUGAAGUUGGUUGAAGGCAUAUCAGAAUAUGGAGUUGGUCGUUGGACUGAUAUAAAGAGGUUUUUGUUUUCUUCUUCGAGCUACCGAACUCCCAUAGAUCUCAGGGACAAGUGGCGAAACCUUUUGAGAGCCAGUUCUGCACAGAAAAACAAGACAGAGGCUGAGCAAAAUGACGAGCUUGCCCUGCGUCCCUUACCAUUUAAUGUGGUACAUCGUGUGCGAGAAUUGGCUAAAAUUCACCCAUACCCUAGGCAACGUGGGUCCAAGAAAUCGCGUGUUAGCCAAGCUGGCUCUUUUGUCAUUGCCAAAGAUUCUCCUAGCAAAAGAAGUGUACGUAGGAAGAAGUGUACUUAAUAGUUCAUGUGUAAUUCAGUCAGGGAAAUCCGUAGUCAAAAGAAUCUUGUCGAAAUUUAGGUAUAACAUCUGCACAAUUUUAUACUGUCAAGUAAUUUCUGCUUGUGUAUCUACAAAGGCAUAGAAAUUUUGAAUUGUAAACAUGAGUAAUCAUUAGUUGUCCUACAAUAAUUUGCGAUGCUUAAUGCCUUA